AGAACAUACCCUUAUGUACACCACAGUUUUAUUUCUGGUCUCAAUAAUAUUACGGUUGGGAUUCUUUCUAUUUGGUCUCUAUCAAGAUGCGUAUCUCCCAGUAAAGUACACAGAUAUCGAUUAUCUUGUAUUUUCUGAUGCUGCACAAUACGUUGCAUUAGGACAUUCUCCAUAUGAUAGAGAAACAUACAGAUAUACUCCCUUAUUAGCAUGGAUGCUAGUACCAAACACUCAUUUCUAUAGCUUUGGGAAAUACUUGUUUAUGGGUUGUGACCUAAUCACCGGAUACAUCAUUUUGAAGUUACUUCAAAGAAAUAAACAAUUGUCGGAGAACAAGACUAUUAUUCUUGCAUCUCUCUGGUUAUUGAAUCCAAUGGUCAUCACCAUAAGUACUCGUGGCUCUUCUGAAAGUGUCCUAACCGUGUUGAUUAUGCUUGCAGUGUAUUUCCUUGAUUAUUCAUUACCAAUUGCUGGGUUCUUUCUUGGACUUUCCAUUCAUUUCAAAAUCUACCCCAUUAUUUAUCUUCCAAGUAUAAUGCUUUAUCUUUCGCAAAGAGGAAAAAGUUAUUGUAACCUACCUGUGAUAAGAUGGGUUAACCCGAGCAAUAUCAAGUUACUCGUGUACACAAUGACGAGUGUAGCGGUAUUCAAUGGCAUAAUGUAUUAUGUGUAUGGAUACGAAUUCUUGUAUCAUUCAUAUCUUUAUCAUUUGACAAGAUUGGAUCAUAGACAUAAUUUCUCAAUUUAUAACGUGGCAAUGUAUUUCAAAUCAGCAGCAACUUCAAAUACUUCUAACCUUAGUUUAGAAAAACUUGCAUUCAUACCACAAUUCUUAUUUGCAGCAUUUUUGAUUCCAUUAUUAUUUGCAAGAGAAAAUAUUCUUUCUUGUUUCCUUUUGCAAACAUUUGCCUUUGUUAUUUUUAACAAGGUGAUGACCUCCCAGUAUUUCAUUUGGUUUUUGAUAUUUUUGCCUCAUUAUUUAUCCGAAUCUGAAUUAUUAACUACGCAAAUGGUCAAGGGUAUCUUCGUUUUGAUAUUAUGGGUGGUUUCACAAGGUUCAUGGUUAUUUUACGCCUACAAAUUAGAGUUCUUAGGUGAAAGUACAUUCUAUUAUGAAUUAUUUGCAGCUUCAGCAUUUUUUUUCUUGACAAAUUGUUGGAUCUUGGGAAUUUUCAUGGAAACUACAUCAAGAAAUAGUUAAAUAUAAUAAAGAUAGAUUGAACUUACAUAUACAAUAAAAGUACAGACCGCG